AUCCGGGGUCUGGUGAAAGUUGCCUCUCCGCCAUUGCAGCAAGUAGCGUCUCCGCACCCAAUAUUCAUCACGAAUCAUCCAUCUGUCCGCAGAGGGAAACCGAUUCAUUCUCGCACACGUAUAUUCAACAGAGUCGCAUGUCAAUCCAGAACCUCAAUACAUAUGACCCCUUUGCUGAUGCAGCACGUGGGACAGACGAGGGUGUCCAGGAUGGCCUUGUGCAUAUAAGAAUCCAGCAGCGCAAUGGCCGAAAGACGCUCACAACGGUACAAGGCCUUUCUUCAGACUAUGAUCUGAAGAAGAUUGUCCGUGCCUGCAAAAAGGAAUUUGCAUGUAACGGCACAGUAGUUGAACAUCCUGAAUACGGCGAGGUAUUGCAGUUGCAGGGUGAUCAGCGUGAAAAUAUCUGCCAGUUCCUGACCAGGGUGGGGCUGGUCAAGGCUGAGCAGAUAAAGGUGCACGGUUUUUAAUGUACUACUAUCACAUUACCACCACCGCCUACACCUGCUGCUGCCCUGCUGUCUGGUGUCCUGGUAAUAAAAAUCCACAACCAUGUGAUUUCCUGCUAUCAACGGUUCCGGGGCUGGCACUGCGGUAGUACGAUCGUCAUCGUCACAGUGGCGGUGGCGGCAAGGAUGCGGCAUAACGUGCCCAUGCACAACACCAUGCAACCCACGUGCCACCACCCCCGAGCAAUAACAUCAUUAUCAAAUGAAUUUGAGUAACUUUAACCUCCCGAUAGAACAUGUAAAGGAAAUAUUUACUUGACAACUUUGAGACUAGAAUGUAUCUGGAUAAUUGUAUAGAUGUGUUCCGGGAAUGAAUGAUUAUGUUAGUGUGUGUGUAAGGACUGAUUUGAUUUUCAGGCUGUUAUUUUUCUACAAAGGAGUACUCAAAUUGGUUUUUAUGUUCUAUGUAGUGUUUUGGUGUUUUAGUAAAGCAUGUCAGUGACGUAUAACCAAAUGAAAACCUCAAAUAAAAGAGGAAAAUCUUAACAA